AUGGCUUUCCGCAGCACGGCGGAGGAAAUGGAACGACUCCAACUCUCCGAUGAAGACACAGACGACCUCUGGGAUUCUCCCUCGAAGCGGGGCAGUAGGAAACUGAAUCGGAUACCCGUUAAAGAAGAGAGCACCACACCCCCGCCCAUAUCCUCUCACGAUGGUGAAACGCUGUUCGACCGCCAAGAAGCGCGCGAGGCAGCCUUGCGGACCGAGUUACAGAGUGUCCGGAACAUCAAUCAGGUGAUUGAAGGCCUUUUGAAUAGCCUUGAUCGGGCAAAGGGUAACAUGGAUACCGUUUCGCGUACGGUUGAUUCCGCGUCCACAUUACUCAACACUUGGACGCGUAUUCUUUCUCAGACAGAACAUAACCAGCGGUUGAUCCUCAAUCCAAACUGGCAAGGUGCUGUUCAAGAUGUCGCCGACUUGGAGAAUGAAGAGCGCCUCAAGCAGCAAGCCGCGGAAAGACGGGAACGAGAGUUGCAGGAACAGAGGGAGGCAGCAGCUCGGAGAGCCGAGGAAGAAGAGAAGAGAAGAACGCAAGCCGCUGCUCGAGGCACACGUGGCAGGGAUGAAUCGCCCGAGGUCGAGCGGGCAAUGUCGCCUGCCCUCGGCGAUGCCAAUCGCGUGAAAUCGCCCAUUAUCAGAUCUCCUGUCGGCUCUCCUCCGGUUCCAGGUCUCGUACCUAACGCGCUUCCGUCACCGACUCACUUUGUCGGUGGAGUUCAACCAGGAGCAACUGGGUUCGGAAACAGUGGCUAUGGCGGAGAUGUUGAAAGGGGGAGAUGGAACAUGGGAGCUUUCGAUACGAGUCUACCCAUCCGUAUGGAUUUUGAAGCUAUGCUGGCAUAUCUGCUUCUGCCUCCAGCGGGUGGUGUUUUCCUUCUGCUAGUAGAACACAAAAGCGAUUAUGUACGCUUUCAUGCAUGGCAGUCAAAUAAUCCAUCUCCUAUUCGCUUGGUCAAGCUUUUUGUCAUGGACUCUGCUCCUAUGCGACUUGGCCAUGAUCGGCUUCUUGAGCAUGCGUGCUUAUCGCGACGGACUAACCAAGUCGCAGUUGACACACUUGAUCACUACGAGGUGCCCAUAUUUGGCCGCCUGGCAAACUCCUUUGUUGACGACGAAUAA